AUGUUCUACUGGCUGCAGAAGCAGGGCAGUCUUAUUUGUGGAUUAAUACAUAAUGUCUUUUGGGAUUAUUGUUUAACAGCACAAGUGUUUUUCCAUAAAAAUACAGAACAGAAGCAGAUAGAAGAGGUGACAUCCUCACAGGAGAAGGAGCUGGCAGAAAAAGAUGCCACUAUAAGAGCUUUGGAAGAGGAGAACGAGCGCUUAGCCAGCGAACUGGCCCAGCUUCUGAAGCAGAAUGAGGAACUGAAGCACUUAAUAAAUCUCAAUCCAGAAAGAGAGGCUGACAGAAAAGAGUUGCAAGUUGCAAUACUGAAGAACAAAUUGGAAAAGGAGCAGAAGGCAAUCAGCCGACUCACCGCUGAGGUCUCAAGAGAGAGGGAGAGGAGAAGAAACCUCAUGAGAGCUCGGGACCAGGCAAUCGAUGCCAUCUGCUCCCAGCUGCUGUCUGUACCCUACUCGGAGAGAAGAGUGUCGCCUCUUCAAGAAGCAAAUAGAAGGAGAUGGAUGAUUAUGGCAAGAAGUAGCUUGGGGUCAAAUGCAAAUAGGUGACUCUAUCGCACUCAAGAUCAUGAGGAUUCCCAACCACAGAUUGUAGCAGAGAUAGGUGAAUUCAAAGACACCUGUCCCUCUUUUUGGGACUCCCUCUUCUCCCUUCUUAACCCAACCAGGAACAACCAGGACCAGCUGUGGCUCAGAGAUGCAGUCAAGUGACAUACAUCACUUUUUACACCUCUUCCCUUAACAAAGACAAUGGCAAUUGGUCCCAAUUUGGUCUCAACUGAAGUCGUAACCUGAUGACUAUCUGUAUUAUGAACAUUCUCCUUCACCACCAAAUCCUAAAGAAAUUGCUUUUGGCGUCCCCUUCUUGUCUGGGGGUCAAAGUCAGGAAAAUGCUUCCAGAAAUUUGAAUGUCUUGCAGGAUGAUUGUGCCCUGCAAGUUUCUGCCCUGAGUACCUGGGAUAUUAAGAAAGAAAAACUCAAGAGCGCCCAGGGGAAAGAUAUCAAGCGUGCUUUGGCCAAUGGCCUUGCCAGCCAAGUUGAUAGCUUCCAUCUGCCCAAAUGUCCAUCAAUCCAUUGAUCAUGAAGUAAAAGAUGAUUAGGGAUCUGGAGGCUAAGUCCUACGGCAAUCAAUUAAAGGAACUGGGCUAGACACACCUAGCCUAACCAAGAAAAGGAUUAGGAGUGUCAUGAUAGCUGUCUGCCAAUAUCUGAGGGGCUGACAUAGAGAAAAAGGGGUUGACCUAUUCUCCAAAGCAUCUGGGAACAGGACAAGAAGUAACCAACAGAAAAUCAUCAGGGAGGGAUCCAAGCUAGAAUUAUGGAGAAAUUUUCUGAUAGUGAGAACAAUGAAUCAGUGGAAAGGCUUGCCUCUGGAAAUUGUGGGACUCCGUCCCUGGAGGUUUUUAACAAGAGGUUGGAGAGCCAUUUGUUAUAGGGUCUUCUGCUCAAAUAGUAGGUCGGAGUGGAAGAUCUCCAAGGUCUCUUCCAACUCUGUUAUUUGUAUUCUCUAAGUCUCUUUUUAUUUCCAACUAUACUUAUUAAACAUCAUGGGUUUGAUUACAUUGUUGACUCUCUCUUGUUGCUAUAUUGAGCCUGAGCUAAUGUGA